AUGAAGACACGGCCGACGAAGAGGGCAAGAAAGGCGACCUGGCUCGCGUUCGGUCUAGGUAGCACUAGCUGCGACUCGAACAAUCAGGUGGAGGAAACAUUAACUACCGACAUCUCUCCUGUGGCUACUGGUAUGGAUGGCGUAAAUUCUGAUGCUGCUGUGAGUCCGUAUCCCCAUUCUUGUGGCUGGAGUUCUAAGGCCUAUAAACAAGCUAUGCAUACCCUCACAGCACUAGCAGCUCAUCCUUCCCCAUACGAAUCCUUACAUUCAACACCGCGUGAUUCCAAUUCUAAAUCCAUAUUCUCCUCAUUUCUUCCCAAUCUUCAAGGGCAAGGGCCGAUAGGGAGUGCCGUCCGGAUAUUAGGUCGAAUUCAACAGCAAAUAUUCCAUGGUAUACUUGGCGGAGAUAGAGACGGAAUCCCGUUUCCAGGUUCACGGAGAAAAGAAGAGGAGAUGCAUCGAAAAGCAAUCAAGGUCGUGGACUUAUUGCAGCAUUCCGCGGAACUGGGAAACAUGGAUGCGCUAUAUACCCUUGCCCAGAUAUCUCUGCUUGCAUACGACUCGUACACGACCCACGCAUCCCUUACUGGCAACGCUUCUUCUCAGGCUUUUUUGGCAGGCAUCGUUCCCGUUGAUCAAGCAAAAGCUCAGCUAUAUUACACCUUCGCAGCCAACGGUGGAGACAAGGGCGCACAAAUGGCACUAGGAUAUCGGUAUUGGAGUGGCAUCGGCACAUUGGAGGAUUGCGACAGGGCUGUCGAUUGGUAUGAGCAUUCUUCUGAGCAAGCCAUGGCCAAGUUUCGCGCUGGCCCUCCUGGUGGUCUGACUCUACCGCUGACACCCACAAGACUCUCUGAUCUUGAUGGUGGCGUCUACGGACCCGGUGCUAGUGUAGCUUCUACUGGUUUAAACGCUAAUCGGGCAGCUAUAAGGGCUGGAGUAUCUCGUGCCUCUGGAGAAACCUGGGAGGACAUAAUUGAUUAUUACCUUUUCAACGCUGAUCGUGGUGAGACGGACUUCGCUUAUAGACUCGGCAAAAUUUACUAUCAAGGCAGCAUAUAUGCUAGCCCAGGCGGUAUAGCUUCCGGGAGUGAAGGGGUCGGAGCUAUAACCCGGGACUAUGCACGCGCUAAACAUUACUUUGAGCAAAUUGUUCGACAAGUAUGGCCCCGUGAUCCACCCAACCCUCUUCAGCACAGGACAGCUGCACCAUCUAUCAAAGAUGAAGGUGCACCAGUUGGUUAUGCUUCUGCAAGCGCAGGUUAUCUGGGGCGUAUGUAUCUUCGAGGCGAAGGUGUGAAGGCGGAUCCCGCCAUGGCUAGAAUGUGGUUUGAGAGAGGCGCAGAUUAUUCUGAUCGUGAAUGCCACAACGGAUUGGGAAUCAUCUGGAGAGAUGCUUUGGUUCCUGGCACUAAACCAGACCUGAAGAAGGCGACGCAGUUCUUCACUGGGGCAGCAGGUCAAGAACUGGCAGAGGCGCAAGUCAAUAUGGCGAAAUAUCACUUUGAUCAUGGUGAACUUGGUCUAGCAACGACUUAUUUUGAGACUGCAGUUCGUUUGGGUUCCCCGUUUGAGGCUUUCUACUACCUUGGCCAAAUACAUUCUGCGCAAUCGAGAGCCCCUGGAAUUCCUAAAAAUGUAGCUUCCAGUUCGUGCGCAAUGGCGGUUUCAUUCCACAAACUAGUGUCUGAGCGAGGUGUAUGGGAUGAUGAUUUGCUACGGCACGCUGAGACCGCCUGGUUCUCAGGAACUGAUCGGGGUAAAGAGGUUGCAUUGCUGAAGUGGUGGAUUGCUGCCGAGAGAGGCUCUGAGAUUGCACAAAACAAUCUUGCAUACUGCUCUAGACCAAGUAUUCUGCGGCUGACACGCUUUUCUCCAAUGACAGCAUCGAACGAUACAGCACGCCUCGCUUUAACACAGUGGACCCGAGCUGCAGCACAAAGGAACGUGGAUGCGUUGGUUAAAGUUGGCGACUAUUACUAUCACGGACUGGGAGUUCCCGAAUAUUCUGAAUCAGUGCGGUUCGAGAAAGCAGCUCGGUAUUAUCAGUCCGCCGCGGACACUCAAAUGAGUGCGUUGGCCAUGUGGAAUUUGGGUUGGAUGUACGAAAAUGGUGUGGGUGUUCCCCAAGAUUUUCAUCUCGCUAAGCGCCACUACGACUUGGCCUUGGAAACCAAUUCUGAGGCGUACAUCCCCAUUGUUUUGUCUCUAGGAAAGCUGUAUGUGCGUAGUAUAUGGCAUACGCUCUUGGGCGGGACGGGUGGACUAAACCUCUGGUACGAUGAUGAAGAUAGUGCGUGUAGCUCAAGAUCCACUUUUCGCCUAAGGAAGAAAUGCUGGGCCCGCGACCGUCGAAAUGCCGAAGAACGCGACAGCGAGUUCGGGCCCGAUGAUUAUUUUGAGGGUGGACUGCGAGAAGGAGCAGAGGAUAAUUUUUCGGAAACUAUGCUGUUGAUCCUGUUGUGUCUGACUGUAUCCGUUCUUAUUUAUGUGAGAACGAGAAUGGUCGACCGCAUGCGGCGGGAUCAACAGGGCCGUGAUCAAGAUGGGCAACGGGCCGGACUAAUGGGGCGUUUCCACCGCCAGGGAGAUCCAGCGCGAGACGAGUGGGUGAUUCUUCGCUGA